AUGAAUACUGAAGAACUGGAACUGCUCUCUGACUCCAAGUACCGUCAAUUUAUCAAUGCUGUCGAAAAGGCACUGAGGAGCUUCGAAUAUUCGAGCGAGUGGGCAGAUCUUAUUUCUGCUCUUGGAAAGUUAAACAAGGUACAUUUAACCUUUUCACCUCUAGAUGCAUUAUUAUUCGCUUUGAAAACAAAUGCAGGUUCUCUGUAUCAUUGUAAUUCUUGAUUUUAAUUUUCCGUGAAUAUAUUUGCAAAUUAUUGGUUGUUGAUACCUGCAUGAGAGAUUCAUGAUCAGUGUUGAGUAAAUUUUUUCGAAGCAUAUCAAGAGGAAUUUAUCACUUUGUUUAAAUUUAUUAGUAAAUCACAUUUAAUGUUUUAAUGUUGUCAACUUUUGCACUAACAAAGCACAUCUGCUAGAAGAUCUAAGCCCAAAUGACAAUUAUUUUUUUUACUGCCAUUUAUCAUGCAGUAAAAUACUAGGAGCAACUGCAGAAUACCCGGCCACUCAUUAACAUGUCAUUGAAUAAGAAUAGUGUCUAUUGUGUUACGCCUUGAUCUUCAAAGCCUCCCAACACAUGUAAGUGAGGUGGGCCAAAGUGGCCGGGUAAUCUGCAGUUUAGCCAAAUACUAUUUAACAGAGUUAACAACAAAGAGCAUUAGCAUUUUCUAGUAGUCAGGAGUUUUUCGCAUAUGCGCACAUGUUGGAAUUUCAUGUGCUCUUCAUUUGAGGCAUUCUUGCAUGUGCUUUGAGGGUGAACUUGCUGAGUUGUGAGGAGUGGCAGCUCAUCGUCCAGGCAGUUUUCCCUACCCCUCCCCUCCCUCUUUCUACAGUAUAUUUAAUGUGAUGGGUGCCUGUUUUCCUUUCCUGUGUGGGGGCUCAUGGCUGGGUUGCGAGGAUUUGCCAGCCAUGGGAGAGGUCUCCAUCUAGGAGCUGGCUGCCAAUAAUGGAAGCUCCUAGAUGUUUCAGGCAUCCAACCUCCAAUUAGCAAUGUAGUUGUUAAAAUUUUGUAUCAAACAGCUAAAAUUCCAGUCAAAAUAAUGGGUGAAAUUUAUACGAUGAUACUGACACAGAAUGUGACAUUUGAAUGCCAUGUAAAUAUUUCAGUGGUCUGCUACUUGAAAAAUGUCAUAAUAGACCUAGUUUGUAUGUUCUGUUUACCCAUUUUUCAGUCUCAAGGGAAUUCCCAGCUUUAUCUUUAGUAAAUUAUGCACACAUAUACAUGUGAAUAAGUGAACAUUUGAAAGGAACAGUUCUCUAGUGUAUAAUAUCACAUGACCUGAAAUGGGUUUAAAAGACAUGCAAGCUAAAGAGGUCUAUUGAUACAACACUGCAUUUGGCUUAUUAUUAGUCAUACAAAAGGUACAGUGUCCAAGAAACUUUGAUCACCGAAUGUUUAAAACACACAUUUUGAAUACUACAUCAUCAUGUGAGUUCCAUAGUUGCUCUACCCUUUGACCCUUAACCCUUUCCUUACUAUCUGCCAUACAAUUCUUAUGAUGUUACUUCAGAGAAUUUGGUAUUGGAUCAACUGAUAAUCCCAUAAGUGAUAAUCUUCUCUAUUCUCAUCACCUACCUGCUUGAUAUUGUAUUGAUAUUGUAAGGAGAAAUUCUGUUUUGGUCACUUGUGGGAGUGAAAGGGUUAAAAGUGAAUAGCAUCUAAUUUCUUCUUACAAUAUCACCCCUUAAGGUCACAAAAAUAAAGAAAACAAUCAACUGGAGAAGCUCCAGAUUGUUAAACAAAUUCUCCUUAUCAGCACCUUUGGAAAUGUAUAGAGAACAGUAUGGAGAAUAUGCAUAUUUAUAGUAGCGUCAAAGGGUUAAGGCACACGAAAUAAAGCACAUCUUAAUCACUUGUCUUUUAUUUAAAACAAUAAAUCUUGUUUUGUUUUAGGUAUUACAAAAUCACACAAAAUUCAAAGUAUUGCCAAGAAAGCUCACCAUUGGAAAAAGACUUGCUCAAUGCAUGCAUCCCACUCUACCAAGUGGCGUGCAUCUUAAAGCACUGGAAACAUAUGAACUCAUCUUCAAACGCAUUGGUCACAAAGGUCUGGCACAAGAUUUAUUCAUUUAUAGUGCUGGACUUUUUCCCUUACUGGGAAAUGCUGCUAUGUCAACUAGGCCGGUUUUGAUGAACAUGUAUGAGAAUUACUUCCUUCCUCUUGGUAAAGCCUUGCUUCCAGGACUAUCUGGGCUUCUGUUGGGUCUUUUGCCAGGAAUUGAAGAAGGAUCUGAAUAUACUGACAGGUUUGUCAAUGGAUAAUCAAGGUUUUAAUUAAUUUGUUAAUGUUCACUGGCCACUUUAAGGAGUUUUUCAAGCUGUUGUCUUGAGCAUCAGCCCUCACUUUGCUGUAAGAAAUAUUUCAGAAACAUGUUUAGCCAUAAUGAAAAUUAUAUCCCCCAGGUUGGAAACUCAGUGAUGGUGAUGCAAAGUUCGAUUAGUUUGCAGUGAAUUUCCUUGUUAUUGGACAUUAUGUGUAUGUGACCUUAAUGGGUACAAAAAAUAAACGUAUUAAACAGUUUUUCUGGGUUUGAUAGAAACAUUUGAUGUAAACUAAUAUGCAAUAUACUGGUUAACUCUUUACAUGCUUACAUCAGUAUGCAAAUUUUCCACACAGUUCUUUACACAUUUCCCAAGGUGCCAACAAGGAUAAUUUUUUUGCCAAUCAAAAUAUUCCUUCCCUGGUGACCUUUUAUUUUAUUCUGGUGACCUUAAUGUGUAAUACAGGAGUGAUAUUGUAGUCAGAAAUUAGAUGUUAGUCACUCUUAGGGUUUAAGGCAUUAAUCUCUUUUUUUUUUUUCCAACCAGGACUAUUUCACUCCUAGGCUCCUUCAGUGAGAACACAGACAAGAAUAUUUUCUACACUACUCUCUGGGGAUGUGUUUAUUCAUCAGCAAGUAUCCGCCUGCCCGCUGUCACUUUUAUAAUGACGCGACUGAAUAAGAAGGGAGCAGGAAAGCAAAAGUAUAUCUUAGGAAAUGAUAUACCACUCUUGGUAAGUAUCUUUCAAUGUCAAAGCUGAAUUUUUUUUUUUUUUGAAUUUAUUUUCUCACCUAAGUUAAUCAGUGGGCCUCCCAGUAUGGGGUGAGUUUGGCACCCUACUUGACUCAUGUAAAAUAGCCCAGCUGGUAUUUUAACCUUGCCUUGAUUGUCCAAUUUUGAACUUGACCGCCAUGCUAAAGGCAGUAAAAUUUUAUAUAUUUCAUUACAUUAUUCAGUUGAAAAGUUAAGGCUGGUUACUGGACCCUUUAGACUUUAGCAUCAGUAUGCAUAUUCUCCAUACAGUCAUUUCCUUUGGAAUGGAGAAUUUGUUUGAUAAUGCAGUUUUCUAAUGUUGGGGACCAUUUCCCAUAUUCUCAUGAUUUUAAGGAAUAAUUAACAAUAUUAUGUAAGGAGAAAUUAGCUUCUGGUCACUCUUAGGGUUCAAAGUGUCAAACAAAGCCUAGUACAUGUAGUUGCUUUGUAAAUGUGUGCUUCAACCUGUAACUUAGUCAAACGCUUUCCGUGAAUGUUGGUUUUUCGUGAACAGUUUCUUGAUAGUUCUGUUAAGAAGUUCUUCGCUUCACUGGUUGUCUAAACUGCGAUAGACUUCGUUUAAAUAAGUUACUCUGAAAUUCAUUUUAAAAAUACUAAUCCUUUCACUGAUUCUUUAACACGGCAGGUGCAAGCAGUCAGCGCUGCAUUGAGAGACAACAGUCUCCUAGUCCAGCGGAAUAUGCUUGAUUUUCUUCUACUUUUUCUUCCGGUGAACACGACAUAUCUUUCGUCCAACGAAAAAGUGACGCUUGUGGCUUCCGGUUUAGAGGUGUUGUUACGACGAGACAUGUCUUUAAAUAGGCGGCUGUACACGUGGCUUUUAGGAACAAACUCAGCCAAGACUGAAUCUGCUUCCAGAACUGAUAGUGUUUGCAGUAACGAUGCGGAUCCUGAAGAACCCCAAGAUACAUUCUUCAGCAUGCAUUCGAGGCCGCUUGUGAUCGAAGGUGUGCGAAAGAUUUUCCAAACUCAAACGAGUAUCGAUAGAGAAGCCACAAAUGGAGCUAAAAAAUUGCAAAGACUACAAGUGCUGAAACCGUUUCGAAUAUUAAUCAGCCUUUUGGACAAACCUGAAAUUGGCGGAUCUAUCUUAGAGGAUGUUUUACUUGAUGUUUUUAGAGCGUUGUAUAGUCAAUGUAAAGUUCUCAAAGAAAAUGGCGCUGCAUUUGAAGAGACUGAUCGAAAAGAUUCUUUUGACAAUGUAGCUGUUGAAAGUGGCGCGGCUAGAACCGAUUCUGCAAAGACAAAGCUUAUUGAUGAACUGAUCAAAACUGCAAACUUACUCUUCAACGCCUUUGAGCCUUACUUUAUGUGGGAAUAUAUCGCAAAGUUGCUCUCUGACUGCGACAAAUCAUCGGAAGCUGGCAGCAAAGACUGCAACGGCAAGGGGUGUGAAUUUACUGCAAAAGUAUCAGUCACAAGCUGGUCUGAAGUGUUUCGUUUGACGGAUUUCAUUUUAGAUGUUGUUACUCUGGUAAGUUAAAUGCUGAUUUUGAAAGCGGUAUGAAUUUAUUUUUUAUAAACUUUUGCGUAAGGGCCAUAACCCAACGGUAUUGCUGGGACAAGAAACGAAAACUUUCGUGCCAAAUUUCGUCAGAAAGGAUGUGAGCCGAAAUGAGAAGUUGUAACCUUUCGGUACUUCGUCCCUCGUUAAGUUUUGUCGAGACACCUCGCUCCCCUUUGGAUGUCGACUUUUUUCUCAGGCCGUCCAAUUUUCUUGUUGCCAACAUUGACAAUUUUGUUACUAUGGUAGAUAUUUUCCCUUUUGGAACGUUGUCAACUUAAGCACUUUUCACAAGUUGACGCAGUAAACAUUUGAUUCAGACAGACUUAUCACUUCAAACGAAAUCGCUAAAUUAUAAAUCUAAAAAAAUAUGCGAUCUCCACGUAGGAUGCUUUUAGCUUUGCUGAUACAGGACGGUUGUCACAUUUGAUCAAAGGGGAAUUAUAAAUCGCUGCCUACUUCGCUGUCGCUUGGGAAGUCUGAGGAAAAUCUGACUGUAAAGUAAGGAUAUGACUGAUAUGUGGGGAAUGGAUACGAAUCCACAUGGGGUCUCGCUGUUAAUGUGUUACUUCUUCAUUUUGUUUAUAUUUUUUGAUCUAGGAGGCAGAUGUGGAGAUACAAACAGAGCACUGGCCUGAACUUUUGCGCAGGAUAACGAUGGAAAUGACCAAAUGCUGUGACACCAUGACACUGGGUGACGUCAAAGAAGGAAUAUCACUGUGCUCCAGACUUCUCUCUAAGGUGAUGCCAUCUAUGAAGACCGUCGAGAAAGAGAGGACUGAGCCUGAACUAUCUGUGAACAGUGAAAAUCGCAAAAAGGAGUUGGAAAGCUCGUCUGAACAUGAUAUGAACGAGUGGGGUGUUAUAGAGUUAAAAGGAACACGAGACAAAAGCAGACGCAGUGACAUGCCUUCAGAGACGUCACUGGAAAAUUCUCCAGAGGGAGUCGUUAAAGAAGCGCCCGAUAGCGAGGUCUUCAAGGAAGGGGGUAACAAAAUCGAAUCGCUUGUUGCAGCGGGUGAGAAAGAAAUGGUAGCUAUGGCUGAGCACUAUAAUGGUGAAGCUGAUGCAGCAAAUGUUAAUGACACUGAUACACAAGACGAACUGGACGAAUGGAGCGACUUCCAAGAAGGCGAAUCUUCGAGUGAGUUAACCGCCACGAAUCCGGAAAGCAACGAGGAAGAUUCUAGCCGAGAACAAAAAUCGACUCUAGCUGACAGAUCCGAGGAGAAGAAGCUUUCAAAAGACACAAAGCGCUUGUUUCAACCCUCUCUUAUUCAAGCCUGCGUGAAAUAUUUUCAGAAUUUUUACGCCAAGUUUUGUGUGCAGCGAGUGCUAAAACAUGUCAGCUCAUUCUGCUUUAGCGACGAAAUCGUUGGAGGUAUUAUAAACAAAGAAUGCCACACAGCUUUACGUGCUAGUGGAAUUGUUAAUGAUGCCAUGUGGAAACAAAUCAAAGAAGGAGAAACCAAUCUUGUGGAUAAAUUUGUACGUGACACUUAUAAACCACAAACGAACCUGAAAGGAAGAAGUAGCGUUGCCGGACCAACUGCGCUUGUUUCCUCCUUCAGAUCGGUACAGUCUUACAAGAGUUGUGCAGAGGCGUUUGCAGCAGCUUGUAAACUGUUGUUGGAGCUCUCUUGUUUUCCAGUCUGGGCUGGCAACGAAUCUAAAUCAGAGAAAUCAGCAACAGAUGGCAAUGAAGGUUUGUAUAAAAUGGGUCCCCUUGUACCUGUAUCUAGGCUAUUUCCUAUGACUAGCACAUAAUUCUGGUGAUAUCGUAAAACAUCAAAAUUGGAAUAAUAACAUGCAACUUGAAAAAGGAAUGAGGCUAGCCAAGGAUGGCAAAGAUUAGUGCGGACUGCUAGUAAGAAACUUGCAGAUGUAUGCUUUUUUGGAGGGAGAGAGAAAGAGGGGGGAAUUGACGGGGUGCGUAAGGGGCUGAGGUAGCAGGGACGUCUCUAAAGACCUGAAAGUAGAGACUCAUUGGGGAUAAGAGUAAAUGUGAAGUAUGAAAACUAGAAGAUUUUUUGCAACAUCUUGUUUCUUUAAGAAAUCUCUAUGAUCUUUCGUUACGAUUAUAUUACAAUUCUAUGCCUAUCCCAAACGUCUGUCAGUAGCUUCUAUUCUACUAAAGAUACCUUUUUUGUGCUGUCUAGACUCAAAUCUUCCAGAAUGGCUGCAGUCGUUAAUCAUGUGUUGUUUUGAGGUCAGCGAGUUUGACAUCCAGAGUUCGGCUGUUGGUACACUGUUGGAUUUAAUAAACUUGACAUUGUCAGUCAAUGCUGGCCACGCCCAUGGACUCAAGUCAUCUGCUCCGGUAGUUGUCGUCCCUAUGAUUUCCCAGCAAGCUCUUGGGGUGAUAGAGAAGUCCGGUUUGUACGAGGUAAAAUUAUUUGUUAGUUGUGACUCCUGUUGUUAGCGCUGACGCCUCCAACUGUCGAACUCAACGAGAAAUGGAUGUUGCAUUCAUCAUCUCUUUAAAUUGGUUCCGAAAUUCCCCCUCAACCUAUAGAUAACCGUUGUUUCUGUUAGCUUUUUCCCCUUUUUUAUCGAUUUCAGGUGAUAGCAGAAAGCUUGUGGGAUCAGUUGAAAGAAGACACAACACAGUUUCAUCAGAGAAUCGUCGAAUUAUUUCUCCAACUUCACAACUUGACCGCAUCGCCAUCACUUUGUGCAAAUGUUAUUGGGAACUCUUUGAUAGAUAUCAGCAAGGUAAGUACCAUAAUUACUUACUUCAUCUGGGUGGAAAGAUACGUUAUUAUUUUUCAGCGCUUUCGUGAUAUUUACGCAGUAUUGCGUGUGACAUUGGACUGAUAAAUUUGCUCUUACUUGUUAGGAGGUAUCUUUGCAAGGUCAUUGGAAAUUCGCUGUUUUUUGGCACGUAGCAAGAAAUGUCGUCAUUCAGGAUUCUGGUAGAUCAUCAAGACUCGGAGAAUUUCGAACCCUUGACAGGUUAUUCGAGUGAUUGCUAUGAAUUGUCAUUUCGAAGUGGCUGUUUUUCUCCCUUUUGGUGUGGAAAAUAAUUUUUUCUUUAGUUCUUGUUUCUUACACCCUUUUUUCCUUUUACUGUGCUUUCUGAUUCGAUUUUUUUUAAUCGGUCACGAAACGAUUUAUCAGCUUCUUUCUCUCAAAGGUAAUUCUCUGCAGCUGAUCCUCGUCCAAUUUUUUUUUAUGUAAUGUCUAGGGCGUUAUUUAUCAUGGUCGAUAGUCUGCAAAAUGAAGAACCAGAGAUAAGGUGAGUUAAAUUAAGGCUUGAGUCUAGCUGUAUUUAUAUCGAUUCCAUCGUUCUGUAGUUUUUUUCACAAUCGCGGUUGUAACCUUUCAUAUGGGACUGUCUGACUGUUAUGAAAUAAUUUUGGUUUGGUGUUGAUUUAUAUCAAAAAGGAAAACAAAACUUGUGCUUGAUUCAGAAUUUUGUUCUUUUUCCAGGGUUUUGACGCAACACUGGCUCGCACAUGCGUUGCAGCACGGGGACCUGGGACGAAUCAUUGAUCCUCUUCUUCUUUUGUUACUCCAUCCAGUCACAGCGCGAGUUUCAAUUCACUAUUUGUAUCAACUGUUCGAUUCCAGAAUGGCCAAUAUAUUGUCAGAUACCAAAAGAAAGGAGACAAAAACGUUCAACAACGUAAAAGUACAUUCAGUGAAAGAAAUUGAAAAUAACACAUCACUCAAACCGUCCAACGACAGAGUGAAGCAAAAACCGAAGGUAACUUCGGCGAAUAAUCGGGAAUCGGACGAAAGCAAAACAACCAGUCCAAGUGGACCGAGUGAAGCCGAACAUUCGACGGAUACUGACGGAGAUGGAGCCGAUGCAGAUGACGAAAAUGAAGAAAAAGAUCCGACGAAAGGUAAAUAGUAUUAGCCUUGUACCUUUCCGUUCAACCCCGUUCAAAAUAGCAUACAAUAUUCCACAUGUUUUACACCAGUUUUCUUUGUCUUUUUUGUCUUGCAGAUAAACCAAAGGACACCGAACCAGUCAAAGCCCCACAGUCCCCUCCCCCGCGCAGAUCACAUGUGCACCCUCUUGACCAGCACAAAUUACUGUACAUCUUACAUUACGACUCGCAGUUAACUCUGUACGCCUUUACUACGUUACAGACAAUAUUAAUGCAUUCGCCUCACCAGUUUGUAUGCGCGUCAUCCACGACUAGCAUCAGUUCAUCGAACACGCCGCACCAGGAGAAGAUCAAGGAAUUAUUAAUCAGACACCGACGGUCCUUACUGGGGAAAGGAUUUUAUGGCGCUCUGUACGAGAGCCCUGUUUCUCCUUCAGGUACUAGGCAAUCGCCAUGGAAUGAUUUUAUAUGACUCUUUGUAACUCGAGUUAAACCUGAUCUCGGAAAAUGCCCCUUUUUCUCUUUUUGCGGAGCAGUCGUAAUUUAAAUAGAAUAGAACAUUAGUAGCGUAAUCAUGCGUGUCUUUUUUCACCUGUAGCUUUUGGUUCUAUCUCAGGACCUGCUCACAGUGCACGACUGUUUGGAGGGCCCUUAAUGUAUCUCAAGCCCAGCAACAGCAAGUACCUUGAGGUGCUUAUCUCUGUAAGUUUGUAUUUCAUCCGAAGCGAGUAUUCCAGUCAUUUGCAAGUCCAACCUGAAGAUAUUGAUGGCAAUGUACAGGUGCAACUAGCGAGCACUGAACUGCUACUCGGUGUAAUGUGGCAACUGGUUGAGGUUGUAAAGGAAAGCGGUGCUGGAUUCGGAACAUAUAUCAGUGACUUGUUCUCACGCUGCAAGGUUCAAAAAGCCUUACUUCAUUGUCUUCUUUCGACGCUGUACGAGCGAACGGGUGUAAGGACUUCCAGCAAAGCAACCUCGCCUACCCUGACAUCCGGUCACUUGCACGUGAGUUCGGAAAUUAGCCAAUCACAAGCGCGAGCUUUCCAGAUCAAACUUAUUAAACUUGUCCAAGCGGUUCUGAUUCUCGAGUCAAACAUCCACACUGCUGUAGCCAUCUCUCAAGAGACAGCUGCUGGUCACGGGACUCCACCCCCGAGCAAACCCGAAAGUCCUGCGAAGGUUUCCGACGAUGCGAAAGUGACGCAGUCAUCCCAUCGGUACAUCCCCGGGAAAUCUUUGGCAGAGCAGGGUAUGUUACUGUCAUCGGUUCUUCAUGGGCUCAGAAAUGAUGAGCCCGAUAUGCACUAUGAGUGGUUGCAGUUCGUGAUAACGUGCUUGUCACACUUGGGAAUGCAAUUGCGCACGUGGGUGGUGCCUGUCGUCGAACAUUUGUGCCGAAUUCUGGAGCGACUGACGACUGUUUACGCCAAGGAUAAGGGUUCUAGGACUUCUAGAAGAGACGGUAACGAUGAAUUUGGCAAAAGGUAUCUAAAACUUGUUUAAAUCUUGUUGAUAAGUAAAUGUUGGAAGAAUAGUGAACGAUAUUUUGUACGCGCUUAAUGUGACAGCUAACAAACUGACAACAUGGUGCCUGGUACUUUCACCUGCCUUCGGGGUUGUAAUUUGGUAAAUUAUGCCUUUAGUGGCGCAAAUCUACUUUGUUUACCCAAAUAUUUUGAAACCAGUAUCUGUCAAUUGACGACGUAACAUAAUGUGAAUCAAUCCAAUCAGAACGAAAGAAAUAUAUUAAGAGAAAAGAGAAUUUUAGAUAUAAGUUUUGCUCCAAAUGCGGAAAAUUGCGAGCUACUAAGUCAUCGUUAGUUUUAUUUUUACAUUUGACUCGUCAAGACUACGCGCGGUGAGGAAAGUCAAUGCAGCCUCUUUAAUUCUGACAGUCACUUUAAAUUGUCGUUAACAGUCAUCUUUUUGUAUUUUCUAACAGACGCCUUGAUGCAGAUGGCUCUAGUAUUCCUCCAGACUAUAUGGUAACCUUACUGGAAAGCUUAGCAUCGAUCUGUCACUCCUGUCUGCGCGACAAUACGACUCCCCAGACACCAGUCCUCUCUCUGAAGCCUCGGGCAGGUCGGUCUAACUCUUCUCCAAAUGUGUCUGCUAAUCCUGAUCCCAACCAGUCCAGUACGGGCUCGAAUCAAAUCUUUACCAAUCUGCUACACGCGUUUUCGGUCCAGUCAGCGCCCGUUAGUGAUGUACCGAGUGUGGAGGUCCCAAAGAACAUUUUAGACGCGCGUGAAGGACUCCUGAGUGUCCUUCCCAAGAUUCUGUCCUCUCUGUUUACCGUGUGGAGCACUUGGAGCCCGCAGAGAGCUGAUUCAACUGGCCAGCGGCUACCAUCUGAAUGGUCGCUCAACUUGAUGGGAAGUCCAAAGGUAGGCGUGGUAACCUUAACGAGUUGAAUCACUGCCUUCAUUUACAAAACUCAUUUACAAAUCUUUCGGUCCAGUCAGCGCCCGUUAGUGAGUAUAAGUAACUUCUUAUACAUGCAGUCCUUAAAACAGCCAUUGAACUCUACCCUCGUUAUUUAAAAUUGUGUCUACAUCGUUCGUUACAUUGACACAAAUCGAAAUCGUCCUUAGUCAAGAUAGGAUACGUUUAUGUAGGCGUGUUUAUUGCUCUUUCUCUACUCAGGCUGUGCGACAACAAAUUCUGCAACUGCUGACUCCGAUCACCAUGAAUCAUACCAUCGUGUUCCUAGCCUCGCUUGCAGAUGUUUGGUACCAAAGGCGAAGGCGAGAGGGAUCUGGAGUAAAGUCCGUAAGAGCUGUUCCAGUGGCGUCUGAAGAUCAGAUAAUUGUGGUAGAUAUCGUUUAUGCUAUCAAGGUAGGAUUCCAUCUUCUUUGGAAGCCUUAAUUUUUUAGUUCGAAUUGAAAGUUGUAGAUUUCGAAAGUCAAACUGAAAAAGUGCAUGUUUCUGUUAUCUUGUAGGCGUUGUCUGUCGAAGAAAUGAUAGACAAUGUUAAACAAAUCGUGCGUCAAGUUGUCACAAGCAAAGACAAGACUACGCCUACUCAGGCUGGCCUGGAAGUCAACAUACUACAGUUUUUGUUCGAGUAUUUGCAUAAGGCCUCAGAAAGCCAUUUAAUUCUUGUACGUUCGUCUCUGCUAUCUCUCAUGAAGGAAGGACUUCAACUCAAUUUUCCUCCUGCUCUCUUUCUGUUGUUGAUUAUUCUUCGAUCUUACGUGGAGAAUAUUCCCUUACAAGAGGAUAAGAAGGUCCGAAAGGAGUUACAGGUAACGGAGGAGCUCAUUUUGACUUGAUAUCGGUCCAGUAAAUCGAGAGUCUUGCGACGUGAUUGAUUCAUCACCAUCAUGACUAUCGUUUUAUUUAUUUUCUGAUUAUUUAUUUAUUUUUCGAGGCCUUAAUUAUUUUUUUCCAAUCAGGACAUAACGCAGCGUCUUGUAGAAGCGUGCAACACGGUGGCGGGAUCGUCCCUGGAAAACGCCGCCUGGUUCAGAAGGACUCUGGCUGUCAUCCCACAACCGGAAGUCCCUUCAGACCAAUCAAGUAACAUGGAUUCUGAAACUUCCGAAGCUGAGCCUGCGGCACCACCUACAAGUGUGCCGAGUGGUAGCACCGCAAGCAAUACUAGCAGCUAUAGUACUCAAGCCCUUUACGUAUUGGCCGAGGUUCUUGCCCCAGUUUUGGACAUGGUGUUUGGAAGCGACGAGAAGGAACGAAUGACGAGUUUUCUUACGACUGUGAUGUACAAUGUGACUCCGUUUCUCAAAAAUCACAGGUAGGUUAUAGUAUAACGUUGCCAUGGACGUCUGCUAAAGCUUUGGUGGUCCUUCGUCGCCUUUUCCAGUCUCAGUUUCUGGGUUCGCUUAGGGGGGACCAUGUGGCUUCCUUCAGAGGAGCCAAUCAGUACAAUUUAAAGUAGACAUCACACGUAGUCAAGGAAAGUUGAAAGCAUAGUAUUUGGGGAAGCGUGGUUAUAAAAAUCAGGGUAUAGAUAGCCACAGUUUAUGUUGCAAGGUCUUGAACCGUGCACAACCUUUUGUUUAUGUGUACACACAUUGUGAUCGAAUAAUUAUUUUGAGGAUUCUAUACGUCAUUUAGUUUCAAGUGAACCGAAUGCUAUUAUACGUUAUGUACAGUCAGGUUCAAAAAGCCUAACAGACAUCUGUAACAGAGAAAUAUUUUGGGCUUUGUAACCAUUCUAUUCUUUUUACUACGCACAAGUAAAACAAGCGAGUUGUCGUAGCCACAGGAAAACGCCAUUGACUUUAAGGUUUUAGUUCUACCCAGUGAUUAAUUUAAACCGAGAGUGGUGCAGGUUCUUUUUGAACAAUCAAAGGGCGAAUAAAAGAGAGCCAUUAAAAUCACGGAUUACUUUCGCCACUGAAUUAUAUUUUUUGGGCUUCAUUCCAUUCCAGUCCUCACAACGUACCCAGCUUCCGCGCAUGCUGUAACCUCUUAGCUUCCUUAAGUGGGUACCAGUACACUCGACGUGCCUGGAAAAAAGAGGUUAUGGAGCUAUUACUGGACCCGAGUUUCUUCCAGAUGGAUAUCACGUGUAUUGGAAGUUGGCGAACGAUUAUUGACAACUUGAUGACGCAAGACAAUACGUCAUUUAAAGAGCUGAUGGCACGAGUGGCUGGGUUGAGUCAAAGUGCUUCUAUUAACAUCUUUGCUAACAGGGAACAGGUAAUUUAGUUUCUUUAAAUUUACUUUUACUUGAUAUGACUUUUCUGGUCACAUCUUUAGGGACUCCCAAAGGCACUCCAUUAUUAGGCAGCAUCUUGAAAGAUCAAGGCUAAAGUUUUUCACGUUGAGCAUGUGCAGUCAGUCGUAACCUUUUCCAUCCUUAGCCAUUCUCGUUCUCUCAGGAUUUUUCUUUCCUUGUAUUUUUCUGUCUUACCUAGCUUCAAGCUAAAGCUAGUUUUGCAUGUUUCGAAAAGGUAAAUGACCCAAGAUUGGGCGAGUGCUUCUUUUGAGUGAAUUGUUGAUCGUAAAAAGCGUCUGUCAAGGGGAUGAAACUGGUGUCUUAGCAACUGCGAUUCCAGAGUGACUUUUACUCAAACUUUGAGCUACCUUAUGUCUAGCAAGGUUUAUCCCCUAACAGAAAUUAUUUUCUAUAUCUCUUCGAGUUUAACAAGUUUAUAUAAAACUGAAAGCCACGGGGAUAUCGCAAGCGAAAUUGUGUUUUGAUUAAGUAAGAUAACUUGAAACAUGUUUGAUGAGCUUAGGACAAAGAAAUGUGCCGAGUCUCCAGGGAGGAUCCAAACCAGAUUUCGCGAUCUAAUGCUCUCUUACUGAUAUAUAGAGCAAUCCAUCGUUUAUGUGGCAUUACUCUAUAAACUUGGCUACUUAUGAGCCAUGUGUCAAAACAAUGUGCUUUUUAGGCGAAGUUUUGAGGCAUUUACCUUGCCAAUAUUAAUUUUGUUUAGUUCUUUUUUUAUUCAUCUAUUUAUUUAUUUUGUGUGUCUGUGCUACAGGAAAUGGAGCAGCGUGCUCAGCUUUUAAAGAAGCUGUCGUUUACAAUUUUCUGCAGCGAGGUAGAUCAGUACCAGUACGUUCUGCCAGAAAUACAGGAACGGCUCGCUGAGAGCCUGAGACUACCUCAGUCUCCAGUCGUACAUGAGCAAAUCUUCCUGUUUUUCCGUGUGCUUAUUUUGCGCAUGUCCGCGCAGCAUCUGACACCACUGUGGCCGACGAUUGUAUCAGAAGUUGUACACGUGUUACUUCAAAUGGAAAGUGACCUGGGUUCUGACGGUAAGUCACACAAGCAGAGAAUGAUUAUAUCCGAAUUACUUCUCGGCUCAAAUGGGUAUGUGAACUACAGUCAGGAAAAGUGGCUUGGGUUGUACCUUGCGGUGUGUAAACUUCUCGAUCUGUCCCAGGCUCUGCCUAGUGAUUAUUUAUCACAGUUUCAACUCUAUCGCUGGGCGUUUGAAGGGGAAGCAUAUAACAUGACCGCUGGAGAGGAAAAGGUUCCAGUUUUUAAGCCUCAUAUCGCUCGUUUGGAAAAACUGCUUCAGAAGAGGAUAAGAGAUCAAGCUGAUGUAGAAGAGCUACAGCGUGUACCAGGAGAACCGUUGCUGACCAUGUACCAAAUCAAAUCUUUGGAUCAGCUGCUUCCCUUUUUUAAGUGUUUGUCUAGGGACAGGUACUCUGGCUGCAGCGAAAUGCGGGGCAAAAAUAGCAAGUCUAAAUCCUCGCAAAGUAAAAGUUUAUUGGAACGCGUUGUGGAAAGGGACUUCCUCGAACCUCUUGUGGUGGACUGAAACCUUCAAAUGAAACACUUCACGGUGUGCACACCUUCGUGAUAUUCUUUAUUUAAAAUCCGCGAUGAUCCUCUCCAUUCUUAUUUUGGUUUACUUCUACAUCUUUGGUGUUUGUUUACCCCAGCAAAUGAUAAUCUUAAAGUUUUAUACGAUUUCAAUGCCACUGUAUUUGGCGCGUAAAUUGAUUCGAAGUAAUGUGAUGAACUGAGCCCCUUAACUAAAAUGUCCGUCUCUGCGAUCAGUGCGAUUUGUUCUGGUAAAGACCACAAGAAAAAAAAAAGAAAAAUGAACGAAAGCAAAAAAUUGAAAAAAAAGGCAGAAACGUAAUUGACAACCAGUUUGGAUCGGAUUUACGACUAUGGCGAGGGUCAGCGGUGGAUUAUAAUCGUGUUUUUUCGGUCAGUGUUUUUGUGAAAACUAACCAUAGUUUUUUUAAAUUGUAUGGAUUAUUACGUGGAGAAAAUUGCCAUUGUGAUUGAAGCCGCCAUUCGCAUUUCUUUGACAGCUCAUUCGUUUCUAUUACAUCAUGAAUUUUCCUCGCUCUCAUGGUACAGCAGUCAUAGUGUAUGUUACCUUGAAAUGUCAAGACAGAAACCUCAAAUCAGUUGCCUGUCGUAUACUUAAAGUCUGUUAACAAAAACAAACAAUUCUUUGUAAGCCUUAAGCUUGCGUAGGUAUACAGUAAAAUGUUUCCAUGAAAUUUUUGCACGCAUAUAAACAGUAUCGUAAAAUGCAUGUAAAU